UAUGACUAAAAGCCCCUUGGGUAAAUCACUCUCCCCUUAUAGCCAUUGUACUUUCCUCCGCAUAAAUACUGUAAACUAAUACUUCAACAGACAAUCUUUGAUGUUGCAAUCUUUUUAGUUCAGUAUCUUACUAUCAGCCUUUUAGUCAGAGUUCAACAACUACAUUACCAGUUUUCAGCUCAAUACAAAAGACUUGUAUUGAAUUAUCUAAUAUUCUUGACUUAAAUUUGCGUGCAACAGCCUCUUCCGGGAAUCUUCAACUAUUCUUGGCAUCCCUCCUGCCGUAAUCCAUGAUGAUUACGGAAGGAAAAACCGCAAAUGUUCUUGGAGGCAAAACGGCAAGGGCUUGUGACAGUUGUUUGAAGAAAAGGGCAAGAUGGUUUUGUGCUGCCGAUGAUGCUUUUCUUUGCCAAGCUUGUGAUACAUCAGUUCAUUCAGCCAAUCAGUUGGCAAGUCGUCAUGAAAGGAUUCGACUUGCAACAUCAUCUUUUAUGCCUAUCGAGACCAAAGGUGAUGAGAAUUCUCUGCCAACCUGGCACCAAGGAUUCACGCGUAAGGCCAGAACCCCGCGAAAUAACAAGGCUUCACUGGUUCAUCAGCCUAAAGAUGAGGAAAAGAUGGCGAAGGCGAAUCCUCUUCCUUUAGUACCGGAGAUUAGUGGUGAUGAAACUUCUCCCGAUGAGAGUGAAGAGCAGCAUCUUUUUUGUCGAGUCCCGGUAUUCGAUCCUUUUGCUGCUGAAUUGUGCUCUGAACUGAGUGAUGAAGUGCAGAACAUACAAGCUGAUAAAGGAACUCAUGAUGAGAUUCUGACUUCUAAUGAACUAAAUGUUUUGUUAAAUGAUGAUCAGGAUUUGGACAUUCCUGAGUUGAUUGCUUCUGAUGCUGAACUUGCUGAGUUUGCUGCUGAUGUUGAAAGCUUGUUAGGUACAGGAUUGGAUGAGGAUUCUUGCGAUAUGGAAGACCCCGGGAUGAUGGUGUGUAAAGAAGAGGAUGAUGUUGUAGAUGUUUCUUUUGAAGAUGAAGUAGUGAAGGUUGAGGAUGAAGAUGAUCAAGAAGUACAAGCAGUGAUAGCUUGUCAUCUUGAUCCAGCUUUGGACAUGGCUAGGGAAUCAUUGAAUUGGGAUUUUGAUUCCUCGUCUCCAGUGAUUGAAGAAGAAGAGGAGUUGAAGGUGACAAAAGAUAUGCCAGAUAAGGAUAUUAAAAGUAAGGAAGAAGAAAGGAGGAUGAUGCAUUUGAAGCUUAACUAUGAGGAAGUUAUCACUGCUUGGGCCAGCCAAGGUUCUCCAUGGGCUGAUGGAACGAAACCUGAGUUCAACCUUGGUGACUGCUGGCCUGAUUUCAUGGGUAUGAGCCUGAAUGAACUUCAUCAUCCAAAUGGAGCUGGAGGAGGGAGGGUGAGCAGCCGCGAUGAAGAAAGAGAAGCAAGAGUAACAAGGUAUAGGGAGAAAAGAAGGACGAGAUUGUUCUCCAAGAAGAUUCGUUAUGAAGUUAGGAAGCUAAACGCAGAAAAGAGACCCAGGAUGAAAGGCCGGUUUGUGAAGAGAACAUCUUUUGCAGGGCCAUCGUUUCCUUACCUAAUGAAGAAGUAAUGAUGUAAACUUAGGGCUAGCUGAUCAGUUAUAACUAUGCACCAGACAGCCAAGUUGCUAUAGCUUUUCUUGCAACUUUGGAUUAAUCAUUGCAAGUCGUUUUGACUAAGCGUCGAAUAAAUUAUUAAAAUACUAAGUUCUAUGGGAUUUUUUUUUUCUGCCAUUUGUGAAUCUUGUUGCAGAUUUUGUAGCAUAUAAAAAGUUGAAACCUAUAAAACUUCUGAUGUUUGA